CUCGUCGGCUUGGUACAAUCUUUAACACUAUGGGUGUCGCUAGCUACACACAAGAAUUUACAUGCCCAAUUUCUCCAGCACGCAUGUUCAAGGCCUUAAUCUUAGACUCAAACAAUUUGAUCCCAAAACUCUUUCCGCAAAUCGUAAAAAGUGUUGAUUUAAUCCAUGGAGAUGGAGGAGCUGGAAGCAUAGAGCAAGUAAACUUCACCGAAGGUACUGAUAUCAAAUAUGUGAAACAUCGAAUUGAUGAGCUAGACAGAGUCAAUCUCGUUUGCAGGUACACUAUGAUUGAAGGGGAUCCACUUGGGGAGAAGCUUGAAUCUAUUGCUUAUGAGGUCAGGUUUGAGGUAGGGAGUGAUGGAGGUUGCGAUUGUAAGAUGACAAGCAGCUAUUUAAUGCUUGGAGAUUUUACUCUCAAAGAGGAAGAAAUCAAGGCUGGUCAAGACAAAGCCAGGGGAAUAUACAAAGUCGUGGAAGCCUACCUCUUGGAGAACCCUCAUGUCUAUGCUUAGUUUUGUGUCUUCAUCAUGAACUAGCUCUAUAUAUGUUGAUCUAUUAUGUCAUUUCAGACAUUUGUUCUUCGCAUGUUAUAAUUCAGAAUGGUAAUUAAGAUCAGAAUAAAAUUCAUGGAAAAA